AUGCCGAGAGUGAGGGCUGGGGAUAGCGGCGAUGACGGUGGGGGCCUGCGGAAGGACACAUCUAACAUGUCAUUUGAGGAGCUGUUGGAAUUGCAGAGCCAAGUGGGGACUAAGACAUACAAACAAUUGGUAGCUGGAAGCAGCACUAAGAAGCAAGGCUCUAGACCACCUGUCCAAAAUGUUGUUGCAGAUAAGCACAGGCCUCUGGAAAUGCCAGCCAAGGUCUGAGUGCCAUUUUUGCGUCAAGUUGUCCCCAUCAGUAAGAAGGUAGCCCGGGACCCCCGCUUUGACGAUUUGUCAGGGGAAUAUAAUCCUGAAGUGUUUGACAAAACGUAUCAAUUCCUGAAUGACAUCCGAGUUAAAGAGAAAGAGCUUGUGAAAAAGCAGUUGAAGAAGCACCGUUCAGGGGAGAAGCAUGAGAAGCUGCAGCAGCUGCUUCAGCGAAUGGAGCAGCAAGAAAUGGCACAGCAGGAACGAAAGUGGCAGCAGGAGCUGCACCUGGCUCUGAAGCAGGAGCGGCAGGCUCAGGCCCAGCAGGGCCAUCGUCCAUACUUCCUGAAGGAAUCUGAACAGCACCAGUUGGUCCUAGCCUAGAAGUUCAAGGAGCUGAAAUGCAGCAAGAAGCUAGACAGCUUCUUGAGUCGAAAAAGGCGCCGAAACGCAGGCAAAGACAGGCGACAUCUUCCUUUAAAUAAAGACUAG